UUCCUUAUUCUUUCCACGUCGGACUUACAUCAGACACAACUUCACUUCUGAUCGAAAAUCUCAUAUCUGAAAUCUAGCUCCAGAAAUCUAGCUCUUACCAAUGUCUGAAGCAAAAUCACAACCACCUUCAACUUCCUCGUCAGAUAAAGAUGUAAAGGCGCCUAAUGUGUUUGAGAGAGUUAAAGAAGAGUUUGAGGCUAUAUUGCAUAGUGAAAAACACUCACAUCACCAUCACAGAGAAACUCAUGGUUUGCGCGAUGAUAUUGAUGAGAACACACCCGUUAGCAAUGUGAAAGCACCUAACGUGUUUGAGAGAGCGAAGGAGGAAAUCGAGGCUAUUGUUCAGGCAUUGCAUCCGAAAAAGGAAAAUCACAGUCAUGAUUCAACUUCAGAUGGAGACAACAGGACUCAUGGUGCAACGGCCGAGUUGAAGACACAUAAUCCAGAUUCUCUUUCAGCGAACAAAGAAAAGAUGCCUAAUCAAAACGAGAGAAUCGAGGAAGAGAUAGGAGCAGAUCUGCGCAGAGAAAAAUCGCCACAUCUUCAUCACAAAGAAACUCAUGGAAGGAGUGAUGACAUUGAUGAUAAUACACCAAUUAGUGAAGUUAAAGGUCCAAACAUAUUCGAACGAGCCAAGGAAGAAAUCGAGGCCCUAGUUCACUCAAUUCAUCCAAAGAAGAAAUAAUCUGGCAUUGCUACUCAACGAAGGAAAACGGAUUGGAGAUGUUUAUCAGAAGAGGUUGACAAAUAUUUUUUCAGCUCAAGAAACGCACAGAAGUUAGUGUUGUUGCAUAUAACUGUCGUUGAGAUAGACAAUUUUUAUCUGCGCUUUUAUUCAUUUUCCAAAAUUUUUUACGUACUUUCCAUGCAAAAGAUUGAUUAUUGAACUUGCUUAUAUUUUGGUGUCUUUCAUGCAGAAAAUAUAGGUGCUGAGAUGUUUGUUCA